AUGGUAAAACAGAUCAAGAGCAAGGUUGCUUUUCAGGAAGCCUUGGACACCGCAGGCAAUAAACUUGUAGUUGACUUCUCAGCCACAUGGUGUGGGCCUUGCAAAAUGAUCAAGUCUUUCUUUCAUUCCCUCUCUGAAAAGUAUUCCAACGUGGUAUUCCUUGAAGUAGAUGUGGAUGACUGUCAGGAUGUUGCUUUAGAGUGGGAAGUCAAAUGCAUGCCAACAUUCCAGUUUUUUAACAAGGGACAAAAGGUGGGUGAAUUUUCUGGGGCCAAUAAGAAAAAGCUUGAAGCCACCAUUAAUGAAUUAGUCUAACCAUGUUUUCUGAAAAUAUAACCAGCCA